ACUUUGUAACGUCGGAGGGGGAUAUUUAACUUGGGACUGAGCACCCGCUCGCUUACAGACACGCUCACCCGCGCACGCUGCGUGCUCCGGCUCAGAAGAAGGGGUGCCAACUCGUUCUCUACCUCUCUCUCUUUCUCUCGCUCGCUCGCUCUCUCUCUCGCUCUCGCGCGCGCUCUCUCUCUCCUGCAUAGUCGCGCACUCGCCACUCAAGUGGGGGAGCUUCUGUGGCAGCCACCGUAGCAGAAGGAGAAGCAGGAUUUUGCUCGCAGCCUUUCCACAUUUUGGGAACUCUCGCCAUGCAUGAGAAGGAGCUUUGAACACAUUGAAAGGGGACUCAACUCUUUUUUUUUUGGGGGGCGGCUUAUUACGUGGAAUAAUAAGAGUGAGCUGUUUGGAGCGAAAUGGGCUUUUGACGUGAGACUCCGGCUGGAAUACUACAACUUGUCCUUUUUUUGAAUUUUCUUUCUUUUUUCUAAGACAAGUGCGCGGAGCGUGUCCCGCCAGGGCACGUCGGUGCGUAAGAACGCAGCCCUCACCGCCGCGCACCUUUUUGGAAGCAGCUGUUUCCAUGCAGCUCCGUCAUCCAGUGACUGUUUCGCCGCGGCUUCAAGUCGUCCCGGUGGUAACCAUGACAACCCAGAGGAGCCCGAAGUGAAUCCGGGCGAAGGCAUCCAAACACCUUUUUGUUAUUCAUUUGAGGCUGACGCGUCAAGUGGUCUAUUUAAAGUGUCGCCCGUGGGUGAACUUGUCAAAUAUAUGAAGCGUCAGGCGGCCCCUCUGAAGUAGGUGUCAUUUUGCUGUGCGUGGAAGGAAAAGAAAAAAAAAGAAAAAACACAAAAGUCCCAAGAGGAACCAUGGGCAGUUCUCACCCUCCGCUGCUCCUCUACAUGCUGCUGUGCGUCCACGUCGGAGUGUGCCAGCACUUCCUUCGCCUCCGUCCAUCCCCUAGCGACCACCUGCCCGUACCCGACCUCAAGGAGGACCCCGACCCGGAUUACGACCCCCGGGAACAGGACUUGUCCGAGAGGACUCUGAGGAAAAAGCUGGGCAGCCACUUUGACCCCAACUUCAUGUCCGUCGCCGCGCCGGCGCUCGGCAACCACUCGGCGCCCGACGUCAAGCUUCAGGGCCCCAUGCCCAACGAGAUCAAGAAGCUGGAGCUGGGCGAGACCCCCUACGGGAAGCGUGUCAAGGUGGGCAAGAAGGCGCGCAGGAAAUUCCUGCAGUGGCUGUGGACCUACACGCACUGUCCCGUGGUGUACACCUGGAAGGAUUUGGGCGUGAGGUUCUGGCCACGCUACGUCAAGGAGGGCAACUGCUUCUCGGAGCGUUCCUGUUCCUUCCCGGAGGGGAUGUCUUGCAAACCUGUCAAGUCCAUCAACAAGAUAUUCCUGCGGUGGUACUGCCAAGGCUUCUUAAGACAGAAAUACUGCACGUGGAUACAGGUGCAGUACCCCAUCAUCUCCGAGUGCAAGUGUUCGUGCUGAUCCCGGGCGCGUGCGGAGUGGACUGCUUUCUAUUGCACUGUUAACUCUCGACGGAGGUGGGCACCAUAGCAAAUCUAUUUUUUUAUAUAGCAUUUUAAAAGUGAAAUACCAAGAGGAAUGCAGCUAUUUUUUUUUUUUUUCGAAUUGAACCAGGACCAUAUUUUAUUGUCAGCCCGGAGACAUUUUGGCUGGAAGGGGGGGCGGGGACAGCAGCACUUCAUAUGGAAGAGCUUUAUUUUUUUUUUCGUCCCCCUAAGAGACAUUGAUGAUGCAUAUGCUACACCUCUCCAAGAGGCGAACUUUCUCCUUAUUUUGUUUUCAACUGACUGUUAUUUCACUGCAAUGCUGCCUAGAGUUUUUUUUUUUUUUGUAUAAUAUUAAUAUCAAUAUUAAUUAAGUUGUAAAAAAAAAAAAAAAAAAAAAAACUGAAGUUGAGGUUAAAGAUUAUAUAUAAAGGCGUGAACUCAGCUUUUUUUUUUCUUUUGGGAAUACAUAGUAUUGUAGAAAACAAAUCUGUACGUUUUAUUUAUUUUAACGAUUGUGAGUAUAGAACAUAAGGACAGAGAAUAGCAGAAUAUACCGGAAAAAAAAUUAUGAGAGAUGUCUACUUGAAUUAUUAAAAAAAAAAAAAAAAAAGCCACACACACAAAAAAAAAAAAAAUAAACAACUGAAAACAGCAUCCAAGUGUACAUGUUAUGGUCACGUUUCUAGCAAUAAAG